GACGCUGAAAAAAUCGAGUUUUUGUCAAAAAAUCAGUGAAAAUUUAAAACAAAUCGUCAUGAAAGUGCCAAAAAAGGUAAAAACGGUGAAAUGGUUGUUAUUUUAAGUAGAAAUUUGAUCCACUGUGGAAGAUACGACGUGUGCGACUUUGGACUGAAGAUGCCCCAAAAACUGGAAAUCUGGAUAAUGGCAAUCCAUUUUGCACGUCAUUAUCGGCCCCCCAUUACCGACGCUUUCGCUUUCAAAGCGCAUUAGUUCCUCGUAGAAACUAAUCAAGUAAUGUGCUGGAAUCAUCUCAAGCGAGAUAAGCAAAGCAAUAAAAUCAGGCAUUAACAACGCUCGCAGUGACGAAGUCAAUGCAAAUUAAAAAAUAGUGUCUUAAAGUGUGCAGUGUUUUCAAAUUUGAGCGCGACCUCCCCUCACCGGUGGAACGGUCCAACACAUCCACACGAUUCCAUAGCGUCUUUUCCUCGCGUCAGUCGCGUAAAGUCGUCCUAAACGAAAGCUUGUGUGCGUUUGUUCGAAUCUUCGUUGGGAUUUUCUCGCGGAAACUUGCACAAACCCGCUGUGACUCUCACCCCGUGUGCCAUACGGACACUCACCCGUGCCUCUCCUCCGGGAAAAUCGGUUUUCCACACCGGAAUUGAGUGUUUUCUGGUUUGGUAAAGUGAAGCGUGGCUUGGACUCGUGUAUUGUUGGCUGCCUAUCAUGAGUAUGAGCGUUUGCGAAAACGUCAAAAUGAGCUACAAAUUCAUGGGGCGCAAGAGCCCCAUCGCUAAAGUGAAACGCAGUCUCUUCGGGAAGGUCGACCCCGAGGACAACAAGGCCUUCAUCCAGAAUCACCUCAACUACGACAUGUCCAAGAAUUGCGCCAAAUGGAACUUCAAUUUCCGCGAAGAGACUACGCUGGACCCCGAGGGUGACAUUAUUUGGCGUUCUGCCAGUCCGGUGAUCGUCAACCGCAAACGCAAAAUCGUGGAAAUUGUCGAAGCUCCCGCUUACUACUUCCAGCCCAUUGAACCAGCCGCCCGUUCGACAGAAAGCCCCAAAAUCAAGGUCCCGAAACAGACACAAAUCACCGAUUACAUGGUCAAGUCCAAACGGCAAGUGGUGUGCAAGAAGGAUACUGCGGUCGAAAGGCCGAUAAAAAUACCGAAAUUGGAUUUCUGUUCAAGUUAAAACGAUUCUGUCUAAAACCCACUUCUCUUUACAAAUUUUCGAUCUCUAAAUUAUUUAAGUACAAGUUGUUGAAAAAAAUUAUCUUAGAUUGUACAGUGAAUUAUUAUUUUUUGUUUGUAUUUAUUUUGUAAAGUUGGUUUUCUUUCUUUUGAUCUCGAAAAUAUUUGGUUUUGUUGGUGGUUUUUCCGCGAGUUGGAGGCUCAGCAUGAUACGUAAUUAAGGGUGAAGGCGUUUAUAAAGGUUUUUCUGCACUAUCCAUAUAUUAUUUUUCUUCUUCAUCGUGUGUACAUAGAUGUGUUUAAAGGCUAUUGUGUUAAAGGAAAUUGUGUACAAUUAAAUUAACAAGAAUCUUGCGUUUUUGUUGGUCUAUUUGUACUUACGAUACGGGUUAUUUAGUCAAUAAACUAGUGCAAUUUUUCUUUUACUUUGUUGACUAAAUAUAGAUCGUGAACUGAUAUGUAGAUAGUGCUGUAAAGAAAUUUUAUAAAUUGUUGGUUGGUUUGACCGAUCAAGUGUGUGUAAAAAGAACGAUUUUAUCGGCACAGGGGAAGUUGGGAAUAAGUUUUUCUAACUUUUGUUCAUAAGUACUAUCAAUUGGAAUGAGUAACUGUAAUCCAAAGAAAAAAUUAAGUACAAAGUAUUUUUGGCAAUUUUUUAAUGCAGAAUAUUCAUUUUGUGGCAGCUUUGCCUGUUUGUCAAUAAAAAUAAGAAAUAGGAUUCAGGUGUCCGAAGCAGUACUUGAUUUUUUGCUUUUAUCAUUCAGGGGGAAGCGAUUUUGAGACAAACUAGAGUUGCAAGAUCUCAAUUCUGCUUUUGUUUGUAAAAGAUUUUGAGAUAUUAAAAAUAGAUGUAAUUUAUAACACCUGUGAUCUAUUAAUGUAUGAUCUCAAAAAAUAUUUUUUAUUUAAAUAUUAUAUAAUUUUUAGCCAAAUAAUGUUCGGUUGAGGGUGUAGUUGUAAUAAAAAUAGUGCCUUCGUUGUCUUAUCACAGAAAGUAACCUCAGCCCAACAGUGUUUGGAAUACUGUAGUUUAAAAAUAGUUUGUAUGUAAAGCUGUUGAAAACAUCAAAGUAUAUAAGGAGCCCUUGAAAUAAAGCUUCUAUUUGUUAGUGUA